CCGAUUUCAUUUGCAGGUACCUCUAGAAGAACCCUUCCACGGUUUGGGCAACCGGGAAGUGAUAACCGUCCUCAUACCUCUAACAGCGAUCAAGACCGCCGUAUUCAUAAUCAAUUUUCCUCCUCCAGUUUCCAUAAUUACUUCUACCUCAACUAUCAACUCUAUACUUCAUCUUUUGGCUUCCCCCUUAAGUGUCACCAUAGCCAACGAUUAUAGUGCGCAAAACAAAUGUUAUGAGGGUAAUUAAUUAUCCAGGUUCCAUCGUCAUUCAUCACGUUAAUGGAUACAGUAACUAUUCAAAAGCAGCCAUACGCCUCUAAUUGGUGCAAUUGCUGCUGGGAAUAGUGUUCUUCUUAAGCCGUCAGAAUUGACUCCAGCGUGUUCUCAGCUGAUUAGUGAGCUUAUCCCUAAGUAUUUAGAUAAAGUAAGUUGUUGGUCAAAUUAAAGGAGAUUUCCAUGGACUGAAGAAAGUAAGAAUUUUUCUGCACUUAGUUUCUAUUACUUUGACCUGACAUUCUAAAAUGGAAGUAUUAAAUUCCUAGAAAAUAUGAAGGGGGCAAAGUGUGGCACUUCAAACAGAUGCAAACUUAGUAAAAAGAACGAAUACGAAUUUUUCAUUAUUGGGUACAGAUUUGUGCCUAAUCCUUCACUGUCCAUGAUUAACGAUUGACUAGUUACCAAGUCCAUAAGUAUAAGCCAUAUAGAAUUUCACUGCUUAUUGUUCAAUAAAAAUAUAUGUAGGAACUAUUGUAUGAUGUAGAUUUAGAUUAUUCCAAGUUAUGUCUAAUCAUAUCGCAAAUUUCUGAUUUGUUACCGUUUAGUUUGGGUGACUGAAACUGGUGUAAAGUAUAUGCUCUCCACUUUUUAAAGCAUCAAUUGUAAAACGAGACUGCACCUUUGGAAUUUUCGUCCAACGUCCCGUAGACAGAAUGCUUUCAGUGGCGAAGUUGAGUAGAAAAAUAAAACUGAUGACCCCAUCUAACAUCGUCUUCAGUUUAUAAUGGUGACAUUUCUAUGUAACCACUACUUGAUAUACUUUCCACAACUUAAUAAACGUCAACACGUUUUUCAGGAAUCAAUAUAAAUAUCCUUCAAGUAAUAUUCUUAGUCUGUAAUGCUUUUAACAGCUCUUGUGUGUCCUAGUAAUGAAAUCACAGUCCCUAUAUCCACGAAGAAAGCAUAUCCCUAAAACAUUAGUUCGGUUUUGUGAAACUAGUUUAAUAGUAGUUAGUAUCUUAAUAGUCCAGACCGUUGCUGCUACCUUGACGUGGUGAACCAUAUUGCCAUCAGUCAUCGUUGUAGAGGCUCGAUAGAAGACUCACGCUCGUUCUGGAAUACCUGCUUGGACUCUAAUAAUGCUCUAAUACGGGCACGCAUUUGUUUGAGCCUCACUGGAUGCAGAAAAUCCACAUUAAGAAGACCCAUUAGAAUUGAACUGAGUGACGAAAAAGCAGAAAGUAGAUUCCAGGAACAACUGAGGUCACACUUAGGUAGUUUUGAAAACGAGGCUGACCCAGAUGUUGCUUGGAAAGAUAUACAAACAGCAGUGACAUCUAUCAGUGAUUUAAACCAAAGGGUUACAAAACACCAAUCGAUUUCUUCUAAGUCUAUUGCACUAAUGGAUUCUCGUAAACUCAUCCCAUCAGGAUCUGAACACGAUGAAGAGCGAAAGCAGAUCAGAUCUUGGUUAACCAACAGUCUAAGGAACGACCGUCAGCGGUGGUGGGCAACGAAAGCACAUAGAGGUGGAAAAGGUGGCGGCUGUAGGUAAUACAAAACAGCUCUACAGACUAAUAAAAGAAACUAAGAUUAAUAAGUCAAGUGUAAGUGAGACUAUCUCGGAAAAAGACGACACUCUUAUCUGCUCCCAGUCCAGACGUUUAGAACGAUGGGCGGAACAUUUUAAGGAGCAGUUCAGCUGGCCUCCAGCUACUCUACAACUACCCACCAUUUCCAGACAGCCUGAAUGGAACAUUGAAGUAGGUCCCCGACUCUAGUUGAAGUUCAAAAGGCUAUAGAUAAUCUGAAACGAGGAAGAGAAGCUGGUCCAGAUGGAUUGGCUACAGAGGUCUUUAAGGAUGGUGGUCCAAUUUUAGCGAUUAGGUUGACUAAUAUUUUAGCUAAAAUCUGGGAGUUGGACGUAAUCCCAUCUUAUUGGUCACAAUCACUGAUUGUCCCAAUAUAUAAAAAGGGGUCAAAAUCAUCCUGUGAUAACCAUAGAGGGAUUAGUUUGAUUAACAUAGCAUCUAAAAUACUAGCUUCAAUAAUUAUCGGACGCCUAACUAAGACUCGUGAACUGCAAACACGAGAAAAUCAGGCUGGCUUCAGACCUGGCUGUGGCUGCAUCGACCACAUGUUCACCAUUCGUCAGGUUCUAGAACAUAGGCAUACUUAUCGGCGUCCGACAAUUAUAGUGUUUCUUGACCUAAAAGCAGCAUUUGACUCUGUAGACCGAGAGGUCCUGUGGCAGUGUCUGUCAUUAAAAGGUGUACCUCAGAAGUACAUAAACCUUGUGAAGGCUCUUUACUCGAACACCAAUAGUCAAGUCAGAGCUUAUGACGAACUGUCAUCUGAUUUUGCAGCCUCAAAUGGUGUCCGGCAGGGCAGUCCACUUUCUCCAUUUUUAUUUAACUUCAUCAUAGACCUACUGAUGGAAAUAACGCUCUCGUCGAUUGAAUUUUCAGGCAUUGAUCUCCUACCGGGAGGUCCACUUAUCGACUUAGAAUACGCAGAUGAAAUAGUUGUGUUUGGUGAAGACGCUAAUAAAAUGCAGAGUCUUUUGGUAGGACUGAGCAACAAUGCCAGGAUGUUUGGGUUGCGCUUUUCCCCCUCUAAAUGCACGUUGUUGCUUCAGGACUGGCCUGUGUCAAUACCUGAACUAAGGAUAGGGGUGAAGUAGUUGAACGCAUCGACAACUUCAUUUAUCUUUGAAGUCUAAUCAACCCUAAUGGGUUGGUGUCUGACAAAAUCUCUGCAUGGAAUCGUUUGGCUUUUGUCAACUUACGUCAUCUAUGAAGAAGACGAGAUCUCCAUCGGUCAAUUAAGAGAUGAAUAUAAUUCACGGCUGGGAAACUUGGCCGUUAAGGAUACUCGUAAGUUACUAGUAUUCGAUCACAGUUGUCUUAGAGAUAUUGCUCACAUCUGCUGGGAUCACCGGGUAAGUAAUGGUGAGGUUACAUGCAGGGUAUUAAGGAAUGAUGGUAAAUCAGUUGAUGAGGUUGUAAAUCUUCAUAGACUGAGAUGGUUGGGCCACGUGUUACGUAUGCCUGAACACCGAUUACCACCACGCGUAAUGCUGACUAGUGUUGGGGAUGGUUGAAAGAAAGUUAGGGACGGUCAAACCAAAACGUGACAUCAGUGCUUGAAGUCACUAACUUCUAGUCUUAGCCAUGUUGGUAGAUGCAGACUACUUGGUUGGGGUCCGCGUGACUAUCGUAACCAAUGAUUGGAGACUCUGAGUGACAUGGCUCAGAAUCGGUCACAAUGGCGUAGGUGUAUGCACUCUCUGUCUUCCCUUACACUAUGAGGUUAAGAUUGCUUUAUAUCUUUCUUUCUACCAACUAAUCCUUUCUCCCUGUACUAUAUCCUUAUAUGCAAUCUUUCUUUUAUAUAUUACUACCAUUGAAGUAACUACUUUAUAAAUUCGCUAUUCAUCUUGUUGUGCUAAUGAGGUAUGGCAACUUGUACCGAUGAAUAUAUGUGCCUGGUUCUACGUUGUAGCUGACUGACACUGAAUACUAUGGCAAUAGAAGUGUUAGUGUCAUUAACAGUAAUAUUCAUAAAAUUUAGUGGGUUUUAUACACUGUCUAGGUAUGAACAGAAGCCCAUAUAGUAAUAUACUUUCAGACACCUACAUAGUGAUCAAGGUCUAAACACGAAAUAAGUCACAUUGACAGACUUAUCUCUGUUCCAAGGGACCAUAUAACCUAGUACGACUUAUAGAAGUGAAACAACUAACUUCCGAGAAAAUAACGAGCCCAUCUUUGAUUUUUUUUCUCGACUAUAUAACUCUCUUGUCAAUUCUGAGUGCUUAUAUAAGCCCAAACACUUUGGUAUCUUACAGGAUGGACAGAAUGGUGAGAUAAGAAGCCAAACUAAUCAGUACCGCUAGACCGAGUGUGCUAACCAAACAAUUGGCAAACCAAUGGACAAAAACAAACGAUAGUGUCCUACUUCAAACCAUCAACCGCAGAUAAAAUCCUUCAUACGAUGGAACGGAAACCUGAAUUCCCGAAACAAAAAUGAUUGGAAACGUUCCACGUGACCACCUUAUGAAGAAAAUAUAAUCUAUCAAACUUCUAGCUUUGGAAGAAACAAAAUUUAUCAGAGUUCGCCUCGAGUAAUCUCCUUGAUGGGCCUGCCCGCGAAGUUAUGUAGUGCAUACGCCACAUCGGUGACCCCUCAUAUGGAGAUGCAGAAGCAUUCCAUCUGCUGUGCAACCACAGUCGAUUUUUUCGAAAAAUAAUUGCUCACCGAAUUCUUAUCUUCCACCUAAAAACUAGUCACACAGUUUCGUGAAGCCGAGGCAAAAUAAGUUUGUAAACAGUAGAGAUAUCUAUCUAGUCAGUUGUUGACAAAUUGAACUCGACAGAAAUACCUAAAGGAAUGAAAUCGAAUUUUCAGACACAGUCGUGAGACAAUAUAUAAUGAUGAAGCAAUAUUGCUAUAUCUGCCUUAUUCAGAAUUACGUACGUCAACAUUUUCUUUCGAACUAGUUUCUGCCAUAUCUAUACCGACAAUUGUUUGUAGAAAAGCGGGGUUUAGACUAAACUUUAAUACAAGAUAGGUUCGUAUCCCCAGCGUCCCAUUCUAUCGAAAUUGAUAAAGCUACUCAUUCUACUCUUUGUGUGUUCUGACCAGCAUAAUUCUGAACUAAAUACGAAUACGUGAAUAACAAAGCAGUUUACUACUCAAACUAGUUAGUAUGAUAUGCACCAAGACCAGGCUCGCAAAUAAUAAAAUUCCCUUGAAACCUUACUUAUACCACAGUGGUACAACUAGACUGAACGUUUGAUAAAUUCUUAAACAUAGCAACCCUAAAGACAUUGAAAUAAAUGCAUUCAGCAAGUCCCCAAAAAAAUCUCACUAACA